ACUUCAGAGUAAGUGAUCGAUAUCUCACUCCUAGACACGCAAUAAAUCGAUGACUUGAUAUGGAUGAGUUUGGCCAGCGGAUUUCAUCGACAUCCCCUCAGAUCGGAUCUCUCUCCUAUUACCGUAUCUUUCUCUUCUCUGAAUUCAUUGACAAAGUUGUUCUAGUGAAUCUGCUGCUGCUGCUGCUGCUGCUGCUGGUUCUGCUACCCCCGACGCUUGUUUUCCUUACCUACUUUUCAAGCUCCCGCCGCUUACACCGAGAACAGCAAAAACCUGCCAUCCAUUGGUGUUUUAAUACUGAUGCAGCGUCGAUUCUAUAAAUCUUGAAAAGUGCUGCUAUCCAACCAUAACAUUUGAACAAGCAAGAAGUUCGAUUUUUGCAUUUUGAAGAUCGUUCUUUGGUUCUUGAUGUUCACGGUUCGAUGCCUUUCUAGAUGGUAGAUCUUUCGCGGCUGUUGAGAGAUGGAGGCCGGGAGGGGUUUCCUCAACGUGGACGAUCUCCAUUUGGAUCCAAAGUGGCUGAUCGAUCCAAAGCUGCUCUUUGUCGGCCCCAGGAUUGGGGAGGGUGCCCACGGCAAGGUCUACGAGGGGAAGUAUAAGAACCAGAAUGUUGCAGUAAAGAUUGUGCAGAGAGGGGAUACAGCAGAGGAAGCGGGGAAGAGGGAGGCCAGGUUCAUGCGGGAGGUGAACCUCCUGUCCAGAGUUCAGCACAAGAAUCUUGUGAAGUUCAUCGGAGCUUGCAAGGAACCUGUUAUGGUUGUGGUGACUGAACUCGUGCUGGGGGGAUCGCUCAGGAAGUAUCUGAUCAACCUGAGACCACGGAGCUUGGAUAGACGUGUUGCUGUCGGGUUUGCGCUGGAUAUUGCAAGGGCAAUGGAGUGUUUGCACUCACAUGGAAUAAUUCAUCGUGAUUUGAAGCCUGAAAACAUGCUGUUGAAUGAGGAUCAGAAAACAGUGAAAUUAGCGGAUCUUGGCUUGGCAAGGGAAGAGACUUUAACUGAGAUGAUGACAUCCGAGACAGGAACAUACCGUUGGAUGGCUCCAGAGUUGUAUAGCACUGUCACUUUAAGGCAUGGAGAAAAGAAACAUUACAAUCACAAGGUUGAUGUUUACAGCUUUGCUAUAGUGUUAUGGGAGCUUCUACAUAAUAAAUUGCCAUUUGAGGGCAUGUCAAACCUUCAAGCUGCAUAUGCAGCUGCUUUCAAAAAUGCUAGGCCGAGUGCGGAAAACCUUCCUGAAGAACUGGCAGUGAUUUUAACCUCUUGCUGGAAAGAGGAUCCAAAUGCACGCCCCAACUUUAGCCAAAUCGCUCAAAUGCUCCUGCACUAUCUUUCAACUCUUUCGCCUCCCGAGCCUGUAGCUCCUCCAUGCUUCUUUGGACCUGAUAACGUUGGCUUACCACCUGAGUCACCUGGAACAAGCUCUAUGGUUGCCAUCCUCCCCCGCGAUGGCAUGGGAGGCACUCCAAAUAGCUCUUCUGAGGCCGAAGGAAAAGGAUUUUUUUCCUGCUUCAACUACUGCUGCUGAUUUUCAAAAUUAGAAAACAAUACUGAUGAAGCUGUUGCUAUGCCUAUGCUACUAGAAACUUUCAAGGGAAAAUCGAUUUCUUCGCUCUGCU